AUACUUACAGUAUUUACAACGUCCCAACGUCAGUUACUUCUGACACUAGAAUUAUUACUAAAUGAUCAUAAGAGGAUAAAACAUACAUCAUUUGAUAGUAGACAUCGUAUUAGACAAUUAGCAUAUUUUCGACUAAUCCAUAAGUCAGAUCUUUGUUGUCGUCAAAGUACACGAAUGGAUAGAAGGUGUUUUGCCAUUUUAUGUCAUUUACUAAGAACGAGUGCUGGAUUAGUCGGAACAGAAGUUAUAGAUGUAGAGGAGAUGGUUGCCAUGUUCCUGCAUAUAUUAGCUCAUGACGUGAAGAAUCGAAUGAUACAAAAGGAAUUUGCACGGUCUGGUGAGACUGUUUCUAGACAUUUCAACAUUGUCUUGUUAGCGAUUUUGCGGUUACACGAUGAGUUGUUGAAAAAACCUCAGCCAGUAACAAACUCGUGCACCGAUCCAAGAUGGAAAUGGUUUGAGGUAAGUACCAAUUGUCUGGAUUCUAGUUAGACCUACCAAACAAUAUGCGUUAGAUGGCUAUUUCAUACUUGUUGAUGUUAUUAUACCGUAGAAUUGUCUUGGUGCGUUAGAUGGCACAUACAUUAAGGUGAAUGUCAGUGCAAUCGAUCGUCCAAGGUACAAGACACGGAAGGGUGAAGUUGCGACAAAUGUACUUGGUGCUUGUGAUACAAAAGGUGAUUUCGUGUUUGUUUUAUCCGGAUGGGAAGGAUCAGCCGCUGAUUCCAGAAUUCUUAGAGAUGCAAUAUCAAGACAUAACAGACUAAAGGUUCCGAAGGGGUAUUAUUAUCUAUGUGAUGUUGGGUACCCAAAUGCUGAGGGUUUUUUGGCGCCAUAUAGGGGAGAAAGAUAUCAUCUUUCAGAGUGGCGUGGAGAAAGUAAUGCACCAACAACAGCUCGAGAGUUCUUCAACAUGAAACAUUUGUCGGCACGGAAUGUCAUCGAAAGAGCAUUUGGGUUGUUGAAAGGUUGCUGGACAAUUUUAAGAGGAAAGUCAUACUACCCAGUCGAUGUCCAAUGUCGAACAAUCAUGGCGUGUUGUCUGCUACAUAAUCUUAUCAAUAGAGAAAUGACUAACAGUGAAAUAAUCGAUGAUUUGGAUGAGGGUGAUUCAACAUACGCAACAACUGGAGGUGACGAGAUUAAUUACAUUGAGGCUUCAAACGAAUGGAGUGAAUUGAGGGAUCAAUUGGCUCAUACGAUGUUCAGUGAUUGGGAGUUACGUGACCAGUAGUGCCUUAAUACUUUUCAAAUUACUGUCAACGCUUCAAAUUAUUUUGUCAUUUUGUUCUAAACUGCUAAUAUGUCGUGAAAUGUAUGCACUACAAACACUCUUAAUGCAUGUCCUUCUUGUCAUAUUUACUAAAUAUGUAAUUUCGAUUGUCUACAAUUAAUUAUGUUGAAUAUUAACACCUCUUGUUAAAUGCUGCUAAUAUAUACGAUAGAAUGGCAAGUUCGUCACGAGCACCGAAACAUACAUGGACUAAAGAGGAAGAAGCAAAACUUGUUGAGUGCUUAGUGGAAUUGGUUUCAUCUGGGGGAUGGAGGUCCGAUAAUAGGACAUUUCGACCUGGGUACCUGGCCCAAUUGCAACGAAUGAUGGCAGAGAAGUUGCCCGGCACUAAUAUCCAAGGAUCACCGACAAUAGAUUGUCGCGUGAAAUCUCUUAAAAAAACCUACCAUGCAAUUGCAGAAAUGAGGGGGCCAUCAUGUAGUGGCUUUGGAUGGAAUGAAGAAUUCCAAUGCAUCAUCGCAGAACGGGAUUUGUUUGAUAGUUGGAUUAAGAGUCAUCCUGCAGCCAAAGGCCUUCUACACAAAUCAUUUCCAUAUUAUGAUGAUCUGUCCUAUGUCUUUGGCAAAGAUCGGACAACGGGAGCACGUUCAGAGACCUUUCCUAAUGUAAGAUCUAAUGUGUCGAACAUGUUUAAUGACACAAUUCCCCUUGGUGAUUCACAUGAUGAAGACAUCCCGACGAUGUAUAGCCAAGGAGUGCAUAUGUCACCAGAUGAGAUGUUUGGAAUACGUGCAGGUCAAGCAAGUGAGAGAAGAAAUUGUUCAAGUGUAAGUAAGAGGAAACGAGGUAGCGAACGUUAUGAAACGGUAGAGGUGAUCAGGAGUGUAAUGGAAUUUGGAAAUGAGCAAUUAAAGGCAAUUGCAGAUUGGCCAAAAGAGAAGAGUGCAAUGGAGGUCGAAAUGCGUGCUCAAGUUGUGAAACAACUGCAAGAUAUCCCUAAACUACGAAGCCAAGAUAGGGCAAAGCUUAUGCAAAUCCUAUUCCGUAGUUUGGAGGCCAUUGAGGGAUUCUUGUCGAUUCCAACAGAACUUAAAUUGGAGUAUUGCAAUAUUCUCUUGCAAAAUAUUGUUUAACCAAACUAACUAUUUUAUGACUUUGUACUUUUAUUUUAUGAACUCAUGAUCUUGGUUUGUAUUGAUCUAAGUUUUAAUUACAAAUGUUAUGGAACUUUAUAUAUUUAUAUUUCACUA